AUGUUAGAUUCAAUGCUCGACUACAGUCUAGAAAACGAAGCCAUUUUCAAUCUCCAACACAUCAAGUCUUUACUUGUGGAUUUAUUCAUAGCCGGAACAGAUACUACUUCAAACACAAUAACAUGGGCGAUGACGGAGUUAUUACUUAACCCUGAUAUGUUAUCAAAAGUCCGCGAAGAAGUGAAACAAAUAGUGGGAGAAGAUGGAAAAAUCGAAGAAGCCAAAAUCAUUAACUUGCCGUAUUUGGAUGGUGUAAUCAAGGAAACAAUGCGACUUCACUUAGCUGCACCGCUAUUGGCGCCUCAUAAAACCGAGACCCAAGUGAAACUUGGAAAGUAUACUAUACCAAAAAACACACAAAUACUUGUGAACGCAUGGGCCAUAGCACGGGACCCAAGAUACUGGGAAAACCCGAUGAUGUUUAUGCCUGAAAGAUUCUUGACUAAUAAACUCGACUAUAAGGGUCAACAUUUCGAGUUUAUACCAUUUGGGUCGGGUCGAAGGAGGUGCCCUGGAAUGCCUUUGGCUAAUAGGAUGGUACGUUUGAUAGUGGCAUCAUUUGUUUAUCAUUUUGACUGGGAGCUUCCUCAUGCGAAAGAAGAGAUGGACAUGAAUACCAUUUUCGGUCUUACAUUGCUUAAGGCAAUACCACUUGUUGCUAUACCUAUACCCCUCGCAAGCUAAAAAUGGAUAUUUAAUUGAUUGUUGUGGAAAACAUUUACUUCUGUUUGAUGUGUAUAUUAAUCUUGUAAUUUCAGCUCUCGAAUGAGAUAAUUGU